AUGGAAAUGAAGGUGUUGACCUCUCUGGGCGCUGGGGCCCGGCCACCGGCCCUGCAUCCCAGGUCCCCUGAAAUCACCUCUGAGACCUUCAUUGCCUACAAAGUCCUGGAGGUCUUCUCGGGAAGCCGCCAUGUUCUCAUAACGUGCCACUCACCCCAAGCGCCCCCGCCCAUCACCUACUCUCUCUGGGGCAGCAGGGACAUUGAAGUCACCAAAAAGUUGGUGAAGACCCGAGACCCAGCCUCCUUCAGCAUCAAUGUCACGCUCAAGUCCAGGCCCGACCUGCUCACUUAUUUCUGCCAGGCGACCACCCCCGGCAGCAUUCAUGUGGCCAGCGCCAAGCUGCAGAUGUACUUGGAGCUGUGGGCCAAGCCCGUGUCCAGGCUGCAAGCGGACUUUACCCUGCUGGACAGAGGGUCAGGCCCCAGGGUAGAGAUGUCCUGCCAGGCAUCCUCGGGCAGCCCACCCAUCACCUACAGCCUGAUCAGUAGGGACGGGCACAUCUACAUGCAGCAGAAACCAAACCAUGGGCAGCCUGCCAAUUUCUCCUUCCCACUGACCCAGACGUCGAACUGGUUCCAGUGCCAGGCUGAAAAUGACAUCAGUGUCCAGAGCAGCCCCCUCACGCUGGUGCCCCCAGGGAAGCCCAGCCCAGGUACCACCGCUACCUUCACAGGACAGCUGCCCAAGGGACCCACCUUAAUGCUGGCUGGCAGCCUCAUCUCCAUUGCAGCUAUCACCUCUGGGAUGCUGGGCUGGACCACGUGGACCAGGGGGACCCACCAUGUGAAUGAAGAACAAGCAUGCCAACCUGGAUUCCUGGAGCCCCGGUGUCCUGUGACCUCAGGAUGGGGUGGGGGCUAUAGAGGGAUGGGGAGGUCCAUAGGACGAUGGAGUGGGCUCCAUGCGGGCCCUGUCCUCGCCCCUCAGCUGCUUGUCACCAUCCAUGUGGGUCUGGGAAGAAGAUGGGGAUAGACUGUGAAAAGGCCCAGCUGCACCCCCAUCCAGGGCCUCCCCCCACAUCU